AUGUUCUGCUUCGCUAGACCACGCCUCAUGCUCUUGACCUCCAAUCCACUGGCUCGGCAGUACGAGCCUCUUCACAAUAUUGAUGUGGAAGCGGCUUGGACUCUUCUGAACAAUUUCGACAACGAGUACGUUGCGUUCUUCAAUUGUGGCCAAGAUGCUGGGAGCAGUCGAAUGUGUAAGCAUAUGCAGCUGAUGCCACUUCCGAAGGACACUUUUGCAGCUUUUCUCGAUCGGGACGAUGGGAAGGAACCCAACGUCCCCUUCUAUUGGUUUUAUCGACGAUUGCAGCCCCAGGUCACAACCAUAUCUAUUGUAAUCCCAGCCUACGAAGAGCUUUGCGGCACAGCAACGCUCGCUCCUGCUCUUGCUCACUGA